ACAACGAAUGCCAAGAUCCCUUUGUAACCGAGCCAAGUGGUGACAGUCUCAGCGGCUUUCACCAUUAGCGAGUCAAGGUCCAAGAUGGCGGCCGAAGUCGAAGAUGAUUUCUUGGAAGAGAGCUUGUCUAAACCUAUAUUCUACUCACCUGAAGUUGAAGAGGCGAUAUCUCAGGUUUUCAAGAGUGAUGAUCCCUUGGACGGCAAAGAUUUUAACCCAGUGGACUAUAUUAAUUCACUCUUUCCCACUGAACAGUCCCUAGCCAAUAUAGAUGAUGUUGUUAGCAAGAUGAGGCUAAGAAUCAGGGGUCUUGAUGAAGAAAUAAGGACCGUUGUUAGAGGGCAGACUAACAUUGGUCAUGAAGGAAGACAAGCUCUUGAUGAAGCCAAACAAGCAAUUCAACAGCUGUUUGCCAAAAUUAUUGACAUUAAAGAAAAGGCAGACAAAUCAGAACAAAUGGUAAAGGAAAUAACAAGAGAUAUCAAGCAACUAGACCAUGCUAAACGACAUUUAACAAGUUCCAUCACAACUCUAAACCACCUCCAUAUGCUGGUGGGUGGAGUGGACACUCUCAUGAAUUUAACGAGAAAGCGGCACUAUGGAGAGGUGGCUAAUCUCUUGCAAGGAGUUGUCAAUGUUCUGGAGCACUUCAAAAAGUACUUUGGAAUUGCUCAAAUUCGACAGUUAGCUGACAAGGUUAAACAAAUCCAGAAUGAACUUGGCACUCAAAUUUUGGCAGAUUUUGAAGAAGCCCUAUCUGUCAAAGGAGUGAAGCCUCCUGCAGGACCAAACUCACAGUUAGCUGAAGCAUGUCAAGUGGUGAAUGUCCUGGAUCCAAAAGUCAAAAAUGAACUGCUGACGUGGUUUGUCAAGCUUCAGUUAGCAGAAUAUCAGCAACUGUUUAAUGAAUCAUUUGAAGUUGCAUGGCUUGAUAAAAUUGACCGCCGUUACUCCUGGUUAAAAAGAGCUCUGGUCAAAUUUGAUGAAGACUUUCAAGGAACGUUUCCUUCUGAAUGGCAUGUGGAGGAGAGAAUUAGUGAAGAAUUCUGCAGAAUAACCAAGAAAGAUUUGUCAAAAAUCAUGACAGCCAGAGUACAAGAAAUUGAUGUCAAACUACUGCUAUUUGCCAUCCAAAGAACAACAACCUUUGAAAGUUUAUUGGCACAGAGGUUUGUUCAUCAUGGUUAUGAGGACACUGAAGAACCAAAGGAGGCCACUGGCAAGCCAAAACAGUCAAAGUUCUUGGGGAUCAUUUCAAGAUGUUUUGAGCCACAUCUUCAUAUUUAUAUAGAAUCGCAAGACAAAAACCUGUCAGAACUGAUGGACAGGUUUGUCCAAGAUUUCAAGUCCCUGGGGAUUCCCAUGGUGGAAGGAGAUGGCAGCAAUGUAGUGUUUCCCAGUGCUGGUGAACUGUUUGUAUUCUACAAGAAAUGCAUGGUCCAGUGUUCGCAGCUCAGCACAGGGCCUCCUCUGCUUUCACUCACAGCAGCAUUCCAGAAGUUUCUUAGGGAGUAUGCCACUAGAGUCCUGAACAAUCAUCUCCCUGUAAAAACCACGGGUGGUCUUGCCAGCAUCUUGAAGGAUUCUAGUGAAGUGAAAUUCAGCAAAGAAGAACAAAGCCUGACGUGCUGUAUCCUAUGUACAGCUGAUUACUGUCUGGAAACCACUCAACAGCUGGAGGAGAAAUUGAAAGAGAAAGUUGAUCCCGAGUUGGCAGAGAAAAUUGAUCUCAAUGGUGAACAAGAUGUAUUCCACAGUGUAAUAUCAAACUGCAUCCAGCUACUUGUGCAAGACCUGGAGAAUGCUUGUGAUGCUCCUUUAACAGCGUUGAUCAAGGUGAACUGGCAGAGCGUGGAAGCUGUGGGAGAUGAGAGCUCUUACGUGACAGCGAUCACAAAUCACCUGAAGGAAGCUGUACCUCUUAUUCGAGAUUAUCUAUCGUCAGCUAGAAAAUACUUCACCCAGUUCUGCGUCAAGUUUGUAAACUCUUUUAUCCCGCGGUUUAUCAGCAACUUAUACAAGUGUAAGCCAAUCAGCACAGUUGGAGCGGAACAGUUGUUACUGGAUACUCAUUCUCUUAAGACAAUUCUGUUGGAUCUUCCGUCCAUUGGCUCUAAAGUGCAGAGAAAGCCUCCAGCGAGUUAUACUAAAGUCGUGGCGAAAGGAAUGAAAAAAGCAGAAAUGAUAUUGAAGGUGGUCAUGUCUCCACACGACCCCGCGGUUGGGUUUGUUGACAAUUACAUCAAGUUGCUUGCAGAUACUGAUACUUCCAACUUUCAAAAACUUCUGGACAUGAAGGGCUUAAAACGCAGCGAGCAACACAGCAUGCUGGAUCUAUUCCGCUCCCGUCUCCCCUCCCCUCCGGCAGGCAGUGUACCUGGAGAGUCCGCGACCGCUCAGUCCCAUGCCACGACCGAGCAGGAAUCGAGCAGAAUAAAGAAGCUGGAGAGACUGAUCAAGAAACCGUUCUAGCUUAUCGCUUGAUGUGGGGGUAGAGGUGGAGGGGAUUUACGUUAACAUUAAGAACUCUGAUGUGGAAAGCAGUGCGAGCUUGAUGUUACGAACUCGUUCGGUUCCGACAAAGUGGUCCGAUUUUGUGGUAUUUUAAUUCCGGAUUCAUGAAAAAUGCAGAGAGUAUUUAACCCUGAUUCAUUCACAUGAAUCGGGGACCAAAACUUUCCGAAUUCGUGACGGAUCCGGUAGUUGAAGAGCAGGAGCAAGUACUAGAUAAGGGAGAAUUCCUUCCUCCCAAGGGCUAAAUGACUCCCCGGUUUUCGGCUUCACCGAAAUUGCCAAGCAACGGACGUAACCAGAUGUCUUUCGGAGGUGCAAAGACUCGGAAAACUCUUCAAUUGGUAUAAGCCCCCUGGAUAAGGUCUUGAAUUCUUGAGUUCUUGGGACAAACAUAUCUGUAAAUAUGCUUAAAUUUAAAAAGAAUUAAUGGCGGAAAAUUCUAUUCGAAUGUUUCACGAAAAGUUUCCUAAAAUGUAGAUUAGUAGAUUCAUUUUAUUUAAAAUGACGAACAUAUAUUAUCACGAAUUAAAUGUCAAACUCCCCCAGCAGCUCUAACGGUUAUGGUUUGCAAUAAAAUCUCUCUUCCACACA